AUGGAUUAUGGAAUGCCUAUUCUUAUAAAAAUGCCGAAACCGACUCCGAUUUCAAAGCAAACUCCGAUACCAAUUCCAGAGCUAGUGCCAAAGCCGAUUCCAAUUCUGGAACCGAUUCCGGAAACUGAUUCCGGACCUACUAUCCGGAAUCGAUUCAGAUGAAGACAUCAUUUUUCCCAUCACUAACCCAUUUCGCUGUUUCUUGCAUUUUAUUGUUUACUUUGUGCCUUUCUGUCAAACUAACGUCUGACCGUCCUCUUCCGAUGCGAUUGCGUGAUGUAAACAUUAGGCCGCGCUCUAGCAAUCACCAUCCCUGCGCACAGUGUUGCGUUGUCCCAUGUGUCAAACCACCCCACACAAACCCAAUCGAUCCCGCUCGCGCAGUGUUGUGUUUGCUGCGGCAAACCCUCACUGGCGUUUCUAGUUCGAGUGAUAAAGAGAUUGUGCGUUUGGGUUCGUUUCGGUUCGGUUUGGCCGGAGCGCCUCAUUUAACAGGGGGUUCCGCCGAAAUUCUACCUCAUUUGCAUGUAGAUCACAUGAGCGGAGGGUUAAGGCGCUUUCGACAGUGAACACGGCGCAGCAUUCACGGGGAGUGUGGUGCAACUACGCUCUAUACACGUUUGCUAAAUGCCGAAGGUUGUGCACACUCAGUUUGUGUUGGUGAAAGUGUUUCUGUUAGCUUAUAGUGUGCAGUUCUUUGCUGCUGAGUGUAUGUUCUCUGCUGGUGGUAGCGCGUGCCUGGCGUGAAUUUAGUGAACGACGUCUCUAACCCUCUCUACCUCAAACAACCCACGAUGGAGCCGUCCGAUCAUGAGGAAGCAAGCGUUCUCUACAGUCCCGGCCGGGAGCCCAAAAUUGUACCGCACAUAAACGCCAACGCGCGCAAGGAAACCAGAUGGACGUUUUGGCUGAUUACUGCCGGUUUAUCAACUACCUUCGGUGCAGCAGUACCAACCGGUUACAAUAUAGGCGUCAUAAAUGCACCGGCAAAUUUUAUUAAAAGCUGGUGCAAUGAUACGAUUUACGAAACGUACGAGAGCGUCUUUUCGGAGGGCAACCUGGAGACGUUCUGGUCGGCGGUUGUGUCCAUCUUUUUGGUUGGCGGUGUAAUUGGAUCGCUCGGCGGUGCAUGGGUUGCCGACAGACUCGGCAGGAAACGAUCCUUCCUGUUGUGUGGAUUUCUGCUUUUUGUCGGCGGCGUAUGCUUCCAGUUCUGCCAGACGCUCAGCUCGGUGGAGCUGCUUAUGGCUGGCCGUUUCUUGGUCGGAUUGGCCGCCGGUUUGACCACCAGCACGGUUCCAAUGUAUCUGACCGAGCUGGCCCCGCUAGGGCUGCGCGGUGCGCUCGGCGUGUUCUGCUCGAUGGGCGUCACCGGUGGGGUGGUGGUCGGGCAGAUCAUCAGCUUGGAGGAAAUAUUCGGCACCGAGGAGCACUGGCAGUUUGCUCUCAGCUUCUACGUCAUCCUGGUGGUGAUCUUCUUCGUACCGUAUCCGUGGCUGCCGGAAAGUCCCAAGUACCUGUUCGUGAUUCGCCGGCGGCAGGACGAGGCGGUGAACGAGCUGAAACGCGUCGCCGGCAAAAAGGUUCGCGACGAGUAUGUGCGCGAGCAGAUCGAUGCGAUGCGUCGGGAGUGUACGCCGGAGAACGACGAGGAAUCGUGCGGCGAUGGGCAGAGUACAGUGCAAAAGCCCAAAGAACGUACCAUUUGGUCGGUGCUGACGGAUCGGACGUUGCUGCUUCCACUGGUGCUGGUCUGUGCCUUACAAGGUGGCCAACAGCUGUCCGGAAUCAAUGCGGUUUUCUUCUAUUCCGUUCGGAUAUUUGAAUCGGUCGGCCUGAGCUCAACGGACGCCAAGUUUGCAAACCUUGGUGCCGGCUGUCUUAAUCUGUUUGUUGCGUUCUUUAGCCCAAUUUUAAUGGCAAAAUUCAACCGUCGCUUUUUGGCCCUCUUAUCCUGUGCGAUGUGUGCGUUGUUUUUGUUCUGCCUUACGUUCAUCGUAUUCUUUAUUGACGACGUGGAAUGGUUUUCUUAUGCAAGUAUCGUCGCUAUCCUGUUGUACAUUCUCUUCUACCAAAUAGGACUUGGACCGAUACCUUAUUUCAUCGGCUCUGAACUGUUCGAGGUUGGUCCGCGGCCCGCAGCCAUGGCCAUGGGCAGCUUGGCCUCGUGGGGCUGCAACUUCAUCGUGGCCAUGCUGUUCACCACGCUACAAAGUGCUUGGGGAGCGUUCGUCUUCCUUCCUUUUGCGUUCACCUGCGUUGCGCUGACGGUACUGCUGAGGAUUUAUUUGCCCGAAACGCGCGGCAAGCACAUCUCGCAGAUUGUACCGCUGGUCGCUAAAGGAUUCAGCUCCAAGCCGCUAGUGCCUUAGUGUUGCCGCAGUCCUGCCCACAGCAAUAAUGACAUUAAAACAACAACAAAAAAACAAAGCAAACAAACCUACAAAACAAAAGCAGCCCCGAAAGCUACACAGAAACAUGUUGUGAUUUUUAUUACUUGCUCAAAGACAAAGAUUGGUGGAGUGGAUAAUGGAGGGAUAAAACAAAAAAAAACAACAAAACAAAGUGGCUUAACCGUUUAUCCUAAGCUUAGCAUUGUAUACUAGUACUUAGCUUAAGAAGAGCGUUAUUUUUAAUGAACAAAAAAACAAAAAAAGAGAUUUGUUACACGAUACAGGGGAGCUGAAUGGAAAAUGAAGAAUGAAUAAGAAAACCAAAA